AUGGCUUCCACGCGCCCACCGCUCUCCUCGGUGCUGCCGCCGCUUAUCCUCGGGACGGCCACCUUCAACACACAAUACCACCCUGAUCCCACGCACAUGCCCUACAACAGCAUCGUCUCGCGCGCGCUCCUGACCCACAAGAUCACCGCAUUCGACACAUCACCGUACUACGGCCCCAGCGAGGUCCUCCUAGGCGACGCCCUCGCCAACACCCAUGCGCCGCGAUCGUCCUACCUCUUGAUCACAAAGGCGGGCAGGAUAAAGGCCGACGUGUUCGACUAUUCGCCUGCGGGCAUUCGAAGCUCGGUUCGCAGAAGCCUGGCCCGGUUGCAGACUCCGUACCUCGACUUGGUCUAUGCGCAUGACGUGGAAUUCGUCACGCCCGAGGAGGUCCUCGCCGCUGUCUGCGAGCUGCGCCGGUUGCGAGACGAGGAGGGUCUCCUGCAGUAUGUCGGCAUUUCUGGGUAUCCCGUCGACGUCCUCUGCUCCCUGGCCGAGAUGAUCUAUCGCGAGACGGGCGAGCCGCUGGACGCGGUCAUGUCGUACAACCACUUUUGCGUGCAGAACACGCGCCUGGGACAUGCGACGCGGCUACAGAGGUUCGAGGACGCGGGCGUCGACUGCGUGCUCAACGCGAGCAUGCUCGGUAUGGGCCUCCUGACGAGGGUGGGCGUGGACAAUGGGCCGCAGAGCCUGUGGCACCCGGCCCCGUCUGGUCUGAGGUCGGCCUGUCAUGGGCUGGCGGCUAUUGCCGAGGGUGAAGGCGAGCAUUUGGAAAAGGUGGCGAUCCAGUGGUCCAUGGACAACUGGGCACGGACAGGUGCGCGGUUCGGCACCACGGCCAUCCCUGUGCGGGAAGAGGGCAACGCAGUCCGCCAACCGGCGCGGAUGGGCAUCAGUGUCAUGGGCGUGACCAACGUGGCCGAGCUGGACGAGACAUGGCAAGCAUGGCGCUCUGUAGUCGGUGACGCGAGCGACGAGAUGCAGGCGCAGAAGCGGGAGAGGAUCACCAGGCUGGUCGAGGACAAGAUGUGGGUAAGUCUGGGUGGAUGGAAAGACUACGCCUGGGAGAGCGGCCUCGCGAGAGCCGACGGUGUGGCUCCUGGCGCCACGUCUCUGCCGAUGCCCGUGAAGGAGAGGGACACGUCUGGAAUCGCCAAGAUAUGA